AUGGCAGCAUCUCCUUUCUACCAACAUGUGGUCGUCCAAGGACUACCCUACGACCGGGGCUUCUCCCACGGCGAGCAAGCCAGAGAGAAGAUCCAACGUAACGUCAAGUACUAUAAACAGCCAGGAAAACUAGGGCCACGGGCCUCGGUUUCUCGCAUCAUCCGCGAGUGCUACAUUCCAGGCCUGCAACAGUACUGGCCGUCUGGAUGGGAUGAAAUGCGCGGCGUCGCGGCCGGGGCGGCCGUGGACGUGGAGGACAUCGUCAUGCUGAAUGCGCGGUACGACCUUUCACACGUUAAAUUAAGCGAAGAUGCGCCCUCGGACGAGUGCACAUCGGCCAUCAUCCUCGCCCCCGCAACGGCGGACGGAGCGGUCCUCACAGCACAGAACUGGGAUAUGGCACAUCGUCUCGUCACUGAGGAUGCCAUAAUCUACCUGGAGAUUCACCCAGACCCGUCUGAGGCAAUCCCGGCCAUGUUCCUUGUCACCGAGGCGGGCCAGCUGGGCCGGUCCGGCUGCAACGCGGCUGGGCUGGGGCUGACGGCCAAUUCGUUGCAGAGUGGGAUCGACCAGGCUCCCGAUCUGCGCACGCCAGUGCCCCCCUGCGGAGCGCUGCGACGGCUCUUCCUCGAGCAGUCGACCUAUUCAGCCGGGCUCAAGUGCAUCGCCCGCACACCGCGUCAUGUGUCAUGCAAUAUGAUGCUUUCGUCCGCCGACAAUCUUGGCAUGUGUCUCGAGGUGACGCCGCAGACCAUUUUUCGGGCAAGUGUGCCCUCGUCAUCGGAGAAGCCUUACAUGGUGCACAGUAACCACUUCCAGAACCUCGGCUUCCAGGUACAGACGGCGAUUGAAGACACCUAUGGCGGCGGCAGCUCGUGGUAUCGCGACCAGCGGCUCGAGGCUGGACUGAGAGACCAGGCACUUCGGGGAGCGCUGACAGAGUAUGCCGUUGUGACGGCGUUGCAGGACCACGCAGGCUAUCCGCACAGCCUGUGUGAGCAUGUUCGCGAGGACCACGGAAAACAGCAGCAGACCUCCGGCCCGUAUGGCGGGCCCACGUCAACCGUGUGCUGUGUUGUGUAUAAUCUGUCGCGGUGCACUGUGCGAGUGUGCAAAGGCUGCCCGUGCGAGGGGGUGUUCCAAGAGUUUCAUCUGCAAAGGCUUAAGGCAAAAAUGUAG